GUGCACUGGGGAGCGUUGUUUGUUUUAAAUGACAGAUGAUGAAUGACAUUUUUGAACAUUAAACUGCUUUAUACAUAGCAUUUGGUUACAACACUAAAACUAACGAAUACUAAUGAUUUUUUUAGUAUCGAGGGUGAUUAAAGCACCUUGUUUACUGAGAUGUUCAGGUAAGUCACCGAAACUCCGUCACAUCCCACUGCCACACCUACAAAUGCUCGCGGCUGUAAACUAUGUUGUCAAACAGCCGUAAUAAUUUACAGCAUCAAGGCAGGAAUCUCUGGAGAAAUCUGGAAGUAUUUUUCUACUGAAGUUUCCUUGUACGGAGCACAAAAGAGUGUCAAGGUACAAUGCUGGGGUUUGCAGCAAUAUGCUUCAGCCUGCUCUCCCUUCUGAAUCUUGUUUGGGGCAGAGUGCUCUACAAUGGAAAUGAUGUGUUCCUAGAAGAAAAGUCGGCAGGUUCAUUUCUCUCCCGUCAGCUGUUGUAUAACAGUUGGGAUUUUGAGUUAGUGGUGCCUGAUGACCUACAGAGAGAAUGCAUAGAGGAAAUAUGCUCAUAUGAAGAGGCCAGAGAGGUGUUUGAAGAUGACACACAGACGAAACAAUUUUGGAAAACCUAUGUCAACAGUCACGAGACUUCGCCCCCAGUGGAUGUGUCUGGUUUGGUAGCCGGCAUUGUGGCUAUUACUGUAACAGCACUUAUAGCCAUUGUGUUGGGCGUUUAUUGCUACAAGAACAGAGGCAAAAAUUCAAGAGGGGGCAGCGUUCCUGUGCGCAUGGGCGCGGAUGGGCAGCCUCUACCUGAAUCUGUGCCCUUGGCUAACAUAGCUCCAGGUCUCCCCUCGUACAACGAGGCUCUGGCCCACAGCGGCCAGCAUGAUGCACCUCCACCACCGUACACCGGGGGAGGUCCAUCUGAGCCACCACAAACAGGAGAUGAGUGAUACGGAUGUUGUUGUUUUUAAAUAAGGGAGGGGAGGGGUGCUACAAGGUUUGCUGGUGAAAAAGUGUAGCUUCGUCACUAAGUAGAUAAUUUAUUACACUUACGCUACAUGUUCAGCAGUUAACCCUAUUUUAUGCAUUUUUUUAAGGUUUUAGUGUACUGUCAAUGUUGUUUUAAAUCAGGUUUUUUAAAGAGUUUUAUUAAAUGAAAUUUUCAUUCUUAAUAAAA